AUCGAUCUAAGCAAACUCAAGUAUCGAAGUCAAAGCUCCAGGAACAACUUUUUGCCCUUGCCGAGAGACAAUUAUAUAAAAGCUGUUAACUAGAGCAUUACGAAUUUUUUUAAUCUCUAACCAGACUACCUAGUUAUGACAGACCUAGAUUUCUAAUACAUAAUUCGUAAAAUAUGACAGAUAAUAAACCUAUGGCCGGCUAACUUCGGGCGAAAAGAACUACCCCGCAAUCCGAUAUCGUGAUUUAUGUCCUCUUACACAUAGUUAACAUCAAGGUUUAUGUAUUAUCGUAAUAUUUUCUACAUAGUAUUCAAGUCCUAGCUAUGGCGAACCAACUUCCAUCCAAUAUAUUAAUCAUUGGGGCAACAGGUACUAUUGGUAAAUACAUUACCGAGGCUAUACUCUCAGCCGACCCCCAUGUUGGUCGUCAAGUUUCCAUCUUCACGUCGCCCGCCACAGCAUCCAGUCCAGACAAGGAGGCCAUACUAUCAUCAUGGAAGUCUCGGGGGUUAUCAGUCAUCACAGGCGAUCUUAGCAACGCUGAUGAUGUUCGAAACGCCUACAAUGACAUAGAUACAGUUGUCUCGUGCUUGGGAAGAAAUGCACUAGCUAGUCAAAUUGAACUGCUAAAGCUUGCGGAAGAGAGCAACGUGCAGUGGUUUUUCCCUAGCGAAUAUGGCACGGAUAUCGAAUACGAUGCUUCUAGUAAAAAUGAAAAGCCGCACCAGAACAAGCUCAGAGUACGAGAAUUCAUCCGUGAGAAUCUGAAGAAGGUUAAGUGCACUUAUGUUGUAACUGGUCCGUAUAUCGAGAUGUAUUUGGUACUUGCGCCAGUAGCCAAAGAGGCCGGAGGUUACGAUGCCAAGUCGAAGAAGGCUGUGGUCAUUGGAAGCGGAGACGGCAAGGUUGGCUUCACAAGCAUGCCCGACGUUGGUAAGCUAGUGGUUGCAGCUCUCCGACACCCCGAAGUAUCGACGGGGAAAGUCCUCAAAGUCCAAUCGUUUGUUACGACACCGAAUGCUAUCGUGGCAGAAUUUGAGAAGCAGACUGGGUCAAAGUGGACGGUCGACCAUACACCAAAUCAGAAGCUUCGCGAGAUGGAGAAUGAAAAGUGGAAUGCUAACGAUCCGAUUGCAACGCUGUACACGCUGAAACGAAUAUGGGCUGAAGGCGGUACACUAUAUGACAAGACUGAUAACGAGAUAUUGGGUCUUACAUCGGGAGAUAUGGAACCAUUGAGCGCUGUGGUAGAGAGGGCUAUCAGCGGGAAAGGAUAUUGAGGUCCGUUCUGCAUGGGUGUAAAGUAUUCUUAUAUUUGCCCAUGGUUAGCCAUCUUAUAGAUAUUUCCUAGGUACCUAGUUAUAGAUAUUUCCUAGGUAGUUAUAGAUAUUCUAUAGAUGACUUAAACACGGUGGGAUAAAUAACACAUCAUUCAUUCAUAUAUUAGGUACCUAGGUAGGUAUAUUAAAAAAUAUACGUCUCUCUCAGUUGUCAAGGUUGUGGUUGCAGGUUUGCAUGUUAAGAGUGUUAUCUUAAUACUUCACUUACACCAGCCUGACCUAUACAUACAACUCAAAGAGACAAAUCGUAUAAACUGAUAUAUAGGUAUGUAAUGAAGAAGAUAUUC